GGGUAGAGCCUGAGAGAUCGCACACAUUCCUGUGAGUCUGCACACCGCUCAAAGGGAGAGAGUCUCCGCCCAGAGGGGGAACUGGAGUUACCCAGCAGGUCCUGUGAUUUAACACCAGUUCACCUUUGCAAACCUGACGGAGACGGAGAGGCUCACACAGCAAUGACAGCUGGGCUCCCCAUGCCACCUCGAUGCUCACCUUGCUGACCACCCUCUGCCUUCUCUCACGCACCGCUGCAGCGGUCAACCCGCCCCGGGAUGUUCGGUUCAGCUCCUACAACCUGAGGAACGUGGUGGAAUGGAGCCCUGGGCCGGAGGCACCGAGCAGCACACUCUACAUCGUGGAGUACGCCAUAUACGGCGAUGAGGAGGAGGGAUCCCCGGACCAAGUGGUGUGGAGAGCCAAGAGGAAGUGCGCAAGAGUGGCCGGUACCCGGUGCGACCUGUCCAAUGAGACCAGGGACCUGGAGGAGAAGUACUACGCCCGAGUGAGGGCAGAAGACAGGAGAGAACUAUCUGAAUGGGUCCAAACAGACCGGUUCGACCCCAGAUCUGAUACCACCUUCGGACCCCCGACGCUAAACGUCACGGUCAAGGAUCGAAACAUGAUGAUUGCGGUCCAAGGUCCUGGGAGGUGGAAAAGCGAAAAUGCUAAGCGAGAGCAACCCAUGUCGAAGUACUACCCGCAAAUGCGGUACAACCUGUCUGUCUACAACAGCAGGACAAAGCAACUGCUGAACUUCAUUUUCAAGAACAACUCGAUGGAGCUCAACCUGCUGGACUUUGACACCCGGUACUGCGUGUCCGUCAGCGCCUUUUUCUUAUCGGGCCUUUAUAAGACGCAAGGCUCGCAGCCGCAGUGUGUGACCACCUCCAAAGACCCCACCGAAGGUCAGCUCGUCUUCCUCUUUCUAGGAGGCAUCAUCCCCGUUGCGAUAGUCCUCUUCCUCCUGUUCCUCACGGUGUUCCUCAUGUACCAUUACAUUUUCAGCAACAGAGGAAAAAAGCCCAAAAAUCUGUCUUUCGCCCCAUGCCCGCUGGACUCGGAGCGCAAGGUUUUCUCCGAGGUGCCCUUCGCAGUGAACGUCAUCAACAUCAACAAGACCGAGAUAGUGUACCAGCUCGGUUGUGACUCGAAGGCCCCGUGCAAACCCUCUGCUCCUUCCCCUCUUGAAUCGGAGGCUGAGAAAGUUGCGGUGGCGCAACCCAAGGCCUAUGCCUCCCAGCACGCCUACCGUGGGCAGGAAGCGCGAGUAGAAGCGCUGGGACCGGAGCCAGCGGCGGUGGAGGAGAAGGCGGCGGAAGAAGCCCCGAACCACGGCUCGGACUACGGCUUCGUGACGAAGGCCCCGCCGGCGGAAGUAGGCGGCGCAGUCGAGGGCGGAGAUACUGGACCGUGGCCGGCCGAGAAACAGGACGUAAAGGGAGCUCCGGACACAUACAAGCAGCAAUGGCAGCCCAUCUGGCCGAGCUUUCAGGAAGAUCCCGAGGAAGAGGAGAGCACCAUAGUCAACUGGGACCCAGAGACCAAACAGCUUCAGAUCCCCCUGCUCCCCGGGUUCGAGCGGGAACCUGAGCCGACGGAGGAGGAGAUCUUCGAGUCCAGUCGAGCCCGCUCCUUCGACAUCUUGUCCAAGGUGUACAUCAGACAGUCUUCGGAGGCAUCCAGCGAGCCCGAGGACGACCUGACCAAGAUGGAGAAGAGCUGGGCCCUCUGGGUCAACAUGGGGAAAUGAGACUAGGGAAAGUGUUUAGGGAAGAGCACUGGAAUGUGGGAAAUUUUGAUUCUGGACUUUUCUAUCCUGAUCUCAGAUACAAUAUUACAUGUUAUAUGGAAGCGGUACUCAUCUUUAGUGACCUCUACAUUCUCAUGAAGGAAAUGUGAUAAUGAAGAAUUUAUGUUUUCAUGUUUUUGACUUUGGUUCAGCUUAGCAACCCUGACCCGGACAAGCGUUUACCAGUAUUGAACGAGUGGGCUGAGCUUUCGCUUCGGCAGCAGCAGCAGGUUAUACUGUAUAAUGGUUAGGGCUGUGGCCUACUGCAGUACUCUUAAUGAAGAUACUUACCCUGAACUGAUACAUCAUGAUUACCCUGCUAUAUAAAUGGGUAAAUCAUUGUAAGCCAGCUCAGAUAAAGGCAUCAGUUAAUCUUUACUUUAUUUUCUCUGUCCAUAUCUAUGCAGUUAGUAAGUGGUUAGGGCUGUUCGAUAAGGUACUUACCCUGAAUCAAUAGAGUAAAAGUUACACAGUCUUAUAAAAUGGUAAAAAUUAAUUAUAUGUGUUGCUUAGUGAACAAACCUUGUAAGUCAGCUGGAAAAAUUAAUAGUAUGUAUUUUUGGGAGUUUUACUUAUGUUUACUCUGCUAUUUAAAACUUCUCUACUGCUUAGAGUGAUAUAUUAUUCUUUGUUUCACGUACACACUGUACCUGACUGUGUGAAAAUGGAAUCAGACGUGUUACUUUCAGAACGUUAUUCACAGCUGCAGCCUUGAUUUUCGUCCGUAUUAGAUAAGCGUCGGUUCAAAACGACUCGUGUAGCUUUGAAUAAUGCCACGAACGUGGCUUUGUGACCCCGAAGGGAGUUGCGUGUUGGGUGAGCCACAGCUCACAUUAAGGCCAGUUUGACUCAAACGUAUCGAAUGAAGAUUUGUUUUCCCGAAGGUCUCACGUGUGACCGCGUCGCGUAUCCGGCAGCGGGGGCGAUCGCUCUUCCCCUCGUUGCCGCGGAAGUCGCGUGCCAAGCUCCCGUUAGCCUCUGGCUCAUUAGCACUGACUGCUUUUGUGCACUUAGUUUGUUCCAUAAUGUCUUUCGUUUCAACACAGAAAGGCCUCCGGUCUGUGUGUUCACUCCACCGCGCGUAAUUAUGACGCUCUUUCUUCGGAUCUCGGUGUUUUUUUUUUUCUGUUGAUUUAUCAUUCGCCGUAUCCUGUAUUGUUAUGUAGUGUGGUCAACGCAGACAAAAAGUCAAACAGAUAAACUCGGAUAAGUUACUGGAUGUCACCAAGCAAGUUUUUUUUCUCCUCCUUUUGGCCGUGACACCGAAGACUGAGUGUCAGGGUUUUUUUUUUUUUUUUUUUAUAAAAAGGUACUUGAAAUUUCGAAGCUGCUGCAAAUAAAUAUCCUUGUGAUAUCAGAAGUCUACCUGUGAAAUGUAAUCUCACUCUGAUGCCAUAAACUAUUUUAUUAUAAAUAACA